GGAAAGGGAGGCGCUAGCAGACACCGGUGAUUGAGGUGGGGUAAGAAAAGAAGGAAUUACACCGGGAGAAAGAAGAAAAACGAGAACGAAUGAAAUUACCCCUACAGUAGAAUUUCGAUAUAUACACCAUAUAUGUGAUUGAGAUCUGUUGCAUCCACUUCCCGACCCCUCUCUCGUCCGUGUGAUUGCGUGGGAGUCUGUGCAUUGCGUGAGGCCGGGUUGCCAUACUGAUUACCAGAGUGACGUGAUUGGGGUACAGCUUGGUGUUCUCUCUCUUUCUCCCCCUCUGUCUCGUCUCCCUUGUUUGUGCAAUUGGCCAUGGGUGACAUCAGCGAUCUGGACAGACAGAUCGACCAGCUGAGGAGAUGUGAGCUCAUCAAAGAGAAUGAGGUCAAAGCACUGUGUGCCAAAGCCAGAGAAAUCCUCGUGGAGGAGAGCAACGUACAGAGAGUAGAUUCUCCAGUGACAGUAUGUGGUGACAUCCAUGGACAGUUCUACGACCUGAAGGAGUUGUUUAGAGUGGGCGGGGAUGUUCCGGAGACUAACUACCUCUUCAUGGGCGACUUUGUGGAUCGAGGAUUCUACAGCGUCGAGACAUUUCUCCUGCUCCUGGCUCUCAAGGUGCGCUACCCUGACAGAAUCACGCUUAUCCGCGGCAACCACGAGUCGCGGCAGAUCACACAGGUGUACGGGUUCUACGACGAGUGUCUCAGAAAGUACGGCUCCGUGACCGUGUGGAGGUACUGCACGGAGAUCUUCGACUACCUGUCCCUCUCGGCCAUCAUUGAUGGAAAGAUUUUCUGUGUGCAUGGUGGCCUCUCACCCUCCAUACAGACACUGGACCAGAUCAGAACCAUUGACAGGAAACAGGAAGUACCACAUGACGGCCCCAUGUGCGACCUCCUCUGGUCGGACCCUGAAGAUACUACAGGCUGGGGUGUGAGUCCGCGCGGCGCAGGCUAUCUCUUCGGCAGUGACGUGGUGGCCCAGUUCAACGCUGCUAACGACAUAGACAUGAUCUGUCGAGCCCAUCAGCUGGUCAUGGAGGGAUACAAGUGGCACUUCAACGAGACAGUCCUCACCGUGUGGUCAGCUCCCAACUACUGCUAUAGGUGUGGUAACGUGGCAGCCAUUUUAGAGCUGGAUGAGCACCUGCAGAAAGAGUUCAUCAUCUUUGAGGCGGCGCCGCAGGAAACCCGUGGCAUCCCCUCCAAAAAGCCUGUGGCCGACUACUUCCUGUGACCCCCCCGCGACCUCAGGAAGCAAAACAUGCGCAGCAGGAGAUGCCAUCCUCCGCACCAUCUUGUAUUUCUACCCACCCCCUCUCCUCUCCUCUACUGUCCUCCCCUCCCUCUCCCCCACCCUGUUGUCUUAAUGUGGAUUUUUGUUUUCUUUCUUUUGUUUUUUAUUUUUAAAAAUACUUUCUUGCUCAUAACCCUCUUCUUUUUUUUUUCUACCUGCCCCUAAGGAUUUUGUUUUGUAAAGACUCAAAGCUUCCACGCACAUUCACCUCAGUACCCAUAAAGAACACCUGGACUUAUGUUUUCAACCCUGUCUCACACACACACACACACACACACACCACCCACUGCUGUACUUCCCUCCCCCACCUCCCCCUCCAUGACCCCGUUUCUAUGCUGUAGCAGUAGAGUUUUCUAAUUAAUGUGAAGAGUACAAUGGAGAGAGGGUGAGCGGGGAGCAGCAGUGAGAGAGAGAGAGAGAGCAGCGAGAUGAGCAGUGAAGGAGAGGACUGAAUCCCUCUCCAGGCCUCCAGAGGGCGCUGAUGUGAUGGGGCUGGGCCAGCCGUGCCGUGCAUUACAGUACAUGCCUCUUAUGCGCUCUUUUCUUUUUACUUUCUUCUUCUUUCGCUUAGCAUCUUAUUUCUCAGCCUGUUCUUUUUGUGAAGGAGUGGGCGGUUGGAUCAGUGUUCCCAGGUGUUCUGUUCCAGUCCAUCUCAUGGCAGGUGUGGGCCGGCUGUGGGCCGGCUGCGGCCCGUGUGGAGUCGACCCCACGCUGGGUCCAGCACCAGCUGCCCUGCUCUCACUCAGCCGUCUAAAGGGCUGGAUCAGAGUCCAAAAGCUAUGAUCCAGCCUCUGCAAAGCUUGGUGUACCAACGGACCACACACACGCGCGCACACACACACAUGCACGCAAGGACACACACAUAUAUCCAUACAUGUACACGUGCACACACACACACCAUGCUUUUUCUCUCUGCUGUUCGAGGUGUGACUCAAACGACAGGUGUCACGUCACGCAAACCAAACUGCAUUCUUUCUGAAAUGUGCUUUCCCUUUGACUGUUCUCUCUCUAGGACUCCUUGAUUUUUAUUAUUAAUUAUUUGUGACAAUAAAACUGUACUUUUGUAUAAAGUUAA